UGGGUAGCUACUAGCCGUUUGAACGAACACGGUGAGGCCUAACGGAUCCUCGGUCUUUACUGUGGUGGUUCUGCCGAAUACGUGUUCGGUUCGGCGCCCUCUCCUCCAACCGAACAGCUACAUUGUUCGUGGUUUCUCAGGUUCAAUAGCAACUUAUUGACUAAGGAAAGAUGGAAGCUCCUCCUGUCACAGUGAUGCCUGUCACUGGAGGCACAAUCAAUAUGAUGGAGUAUCUGCUGCAAGGCAGUGUGUUAGACCAGGCCCUGGAAAGCCUCUUGCAUCGCCUGCGAGGUCUGUGUGACAACAUGGAACCUGAGACCUUUACAGAUCAUGAACUGGUUUAUCUUCUGAAAGGCCAACAAGGGAAUCCUUUUAUUCUGCGUGCGCGGCGUUCCCUCUCCCACCCCACAUCUCCAUGGCACCUACGCUACCUGGGCCAACCAGAAGUGGGAGACAAAAGCCGCCAUGCCCUGGUGCGCAACUGUGUUGACGUGGCAGCAUCCCACAGCCUGCCGGAGUUCCUCAACGAGAUGGGCUUCCGCAUGGACCACGAGUUUGUGGCCAAUGGGCACAUUUUCCGCAAAGGUGUUAUGAAAAUCGUUGUUAGCAAGCUGUCGCGUAUCCUCGUACCGGGGAACACUGAGAACACAGAGCGUCUAUCACUUUCAUACCUGGUGGAGCUGAGUGUGUUGGCUCCCGCCGGACAGGACACUGUGUCAGAGGACAUGCGCAGCUUUGCUGAGCAACUGAAACCCCUGGUUCACCUGGAGAAGAUUGACCCCAGCAAACAGAGACAUUAAAUGAUAUCGUUUAGGGUCAAGUCAUCUCUGACUGCCAUGGACAUAUUAGACUUCUUAUUUUUUCUACAAUGUGUUUAUAUUUGAACUGAAAUUAAAAACAGUGCAACUUUGACUUAA